AUGUCUGGACUACAUUUUUUAGCUGGUAUUCGUACUGAUGACUAUGUUAUACUUGCUUCAGAUAAAAGUGGAUUUGCAUAUGGAGCUGUUGUUUUAACUGAAGAUCAAAAAAAAGAAUAUCAGUUAGGAGAAAAGUUGUACAUGACACUUAUGGGAGAAGAUGGUGAUUGUUCAACAUUUGGAGAUUUUGCACAAAAAAAUUUACAUUUAUAUCAAUUGAGAAAUGGUUAUGAAAUUGGACCUCGAUCAGCUCAUCAUUGGCUUCGCAGUCAUAUAGCUAAAUCACUCAGAUCUCGUGAUGCUUAUCAAGUUGAAUUACUUUUAGGUGGUUAUGAUGACUAUGAAAAGAAAGCAUUUUUAGGGUCUAUUGAUUAUCUUGGAAAUGGAAUACCAGAUCAAAAUUAUCUUUUUCGUGGAUUUUGUGGACGUUUCUGUUAUGCUAUAAUGGAUAAUAUGUAUAGAAGAAAUAUGUCUGAAGAGGAUGGUCUUGUUGCACUUAGAAAGUGCCUUGAAGAAGGAAAGAAACGUUUUAUUGCCAAUGUACCAAAAUUCAGUGUUAUGGUAAUUGAUAAGAAUGGCGUUAGACAUUUGGAAGACAUUGUUUUAUAA